CAGAUGCGGGCAGCACACCGUCUGUGGAGAAAGGUGCGGCGGUGGAGGAGGUCUGAAGCCGAGGAAGAGGAGAGAGAUGAGGAGGGACAUGUCGGCGUGAGAGGGACGGUGCUUUUGCUCUUUGUGUUCACGACUGCGGAAAAACAACUGUGAUAUCGGGCCAGGUGUGUGUCCUCAGCCACCGACCCAGCCUACUUUUCACCUUCACCACCACUGUCGAGGUAGCCAUGGCGACCAGCGCCCUGCCGAGUGACAACCUGCCAACCUACAAGCUGGUGGUGGUGGGGGAUGGUGGUGUUGGGAAGAGCGCCCUCACCAUCCAAUUUUUCCAGAAGAUCUUUGUGCCGGACUACGAUCCCACGAUAGAGGACUCGUAUCUCAAACACACAGAGAUCGACGGACAGUGGGCAAUACUGGAUGUGCUGGACACAGCCGGCCAGGAGGAGUUCAGUGCGAUGAGGGAGCAGUACAUGAGGACAGGAGAUGGCUUCCUUAUCGUCUUCUCUGUGACGGACAAGGCCAGCUUUGAACAUGUGGACCGAUUCCAUCAACUCAUACUACGGGUCAAAGACAGGGAGGCCUUCCCCAUGGUCCUGGUGGCAAACAAAGUGGACUUGGUCCAUCUGAGGAAGGUCACCGCUGAACAGGGCCAAGAGAUGGCUGCAAAACAUAACAUAACUUAUAUUGAAACCAGCGCAAAGGAUCCUCCAAUGAAUGUGGACAAAGCCUUUCAUGAGCUGGUUCGUGUUAUAAGACAACAGGUGCCGGAGCGAAACCAGAAGAAGAAAAAGAAGAUGAAAUGGAGAGCAGAGCGUUCAGCGGGUUCCCACAGGUUCCACUGCGCCAUAUUGUGACCUCCCUCGUCCUGUUUAUCACUCAGAACAUACACACACACAAGCGCACCCACAUACCUUUGGAUGUCAGGGAACUCCCCAGCGGUGGUUAACUACUGGAGCACAAAAGGGUCGGCGAACGGCUGAAAACGUGAAUCUGAAAUGUUGGACCGAUGUCCCCCCUCACCCUUCACAAGGCCUCGGAGCGAGAGCUGAGCCCUCUCUCCUCAAUUCAUGGUCCCUUUUCAAACGCCCCUCCCAUCUCCAUUCAACACAGAACUACAGUGUCGCUGAACUGUUUCUCCAUCAAGUCAAUAAAUAUAGUUUCAAAUGUGGAACUAGACGACAGACCCUUCGGGGGGGUGGGGGGAAGAGAUCAGAAUCACCUUGAUAUUGGAACUUUUUGUCUUCUUGAGAAAGGGAGGACCUGCCUCAUUUUUCAACAACCUGCUGGUCAUCACCUUUUCUAUCCUCACACUCCUACAAUUUCUGGAAUAGAAGAACCUCGUGUGGUCUUCAGAAACGUUGUGUGUGUGUUCCCUCUGUGUAGAGUGGGACCUCGUAAGGGCAUGGCGGAUGAACAUGAGAGUGGCGACGGUGAUUUUGGUAGUGAAAAAUAGAAUUGGCGUGGUGCGUUUGGUUUUUGGUGGGCGUGGCGUGAACUUCGUGGUCAUGUGAUGCUCAGGUUUUGAAAUGUCAGUUCAGAGAGGAAGGAAGGAAGGAAGGAAGGAGGGACGGGACGUGGAAAGGGAGAGAGAUACGUGACGUGACGCUGAGAAACGAACGGUUGACAGGUGAGCGCUGUGGUCAUAUCGGCUCGUUGAAUAAGUGUUUAGAUAUUGUAAUUGUAAAAGGAGAGCGAGAUCUGUCGGUGUAUGUGGUUACACUUUAAUGUAAACAUAACAGGGUUUUUGCCAACACUGAUGUGUCAGCGGCCAUGUUUACAGACACACUCAAUAUUUUAUCAUAAUAACGACACGGAGUAAGUGUCUGAAAAUAAUUAUGGUUCAUUUAGAUUGCCUCCUCAGUCAUUGUCAAUGGCAUAAUGAGAGCAGUCUUCACCAGUACUGUAUGGACAAUAGCCCUGAUAUUUUCUUUUUUUGUCUUUGUAGUCUUAACAGAUUGUCUUCAAAAACAAGUUACUUUCCAAUGUUUUUGUAUCUAAAAGAAAAAAUAUCAAAACAAUUAUAUUUGUGAUAUUAAAAAUAAUCUAACUAUAGGUGUCAAUGUAAACAAAUUCAAUGCUGUUUUACAAAAGAUGAAAUACAAUAGAUAAGGGAUAACCAGAGCCUCGUGUUUCAGAUCUGAAGCCGGCUGGAGAAGCAGAUUUGCACUGGCCACUAACCAAAAUAAUGUGAUGUCACUUUAUUUCAAUCAAGGGGCUUUUUUCAGACCGCACCGCUGAAUUCAGGACAAUGAACCACGCUCAGUAAAGGAGAACACUCCUUUAGUUCGGGGUUACAUACUGUAGCCCUCUGAAUACAUCCGAGUUGGACAUCCUGUCUGCACCAGGCAGUGUGAUGCUCCUGGGGCUUAAAGCCAUGCUAACCUAGCUACAGACUACGUUUAGUUGUAGGAAACACUCGAAGCAACAAGACAUUCAGUAUAUUCACGUCUGUAGCCGUGAGGUGGAUAGGAAUGUACAACUUAAUAACCUAUGAAAUGGCUUGUACUGUUAACGCACUAAAGUUUCGGUGGACAACUUUUUGUUUUGUCUGGAAGAAUAUAUACCGUCUCUUGAAGGAAUACAUUUUUGCACUUUUAAUACAAUUUUUCUGACUUUCCUAUCGGCAUGUUGUUUUCUGUUCAAAAACCUGUCACGUUCAAAAUGAUUUGAAUGUAAAAAUCAAAUCACAAAACAAGCAAGGAGGCAACAAGUGUCGUAGCCCUGUGUGCCUGUGUAUGCCUGUUGCCUCGGCGACAGUUGUGACAGAGAUUAAAUCAAUUGGAAUGUAAUCAUUCGAAGGGUAUUGAAAGAAAAAGUUCCAUGUCACUCUCAGUUUGUGAGUGGCGUACAAAUUCACCUCAGCAUGAACGUGGAGAAAUCAACCUCAGCGAAAGGAGAGCAUCGGUUUUUAAUUUACAUCUACUGUUAAAGGGACAUUUCAAAGAGUUUCAUGAGAAGGACGGAACAUUACUGAUUGUUGAGCAACAGACUCUGGAUCGUAGGGAGAAGAGGAAAAAAACCCCUGAAAAAAAACAAAAAAAACUGAAUGUGUUUGAAAAUGUUGCAUCAUGUAUGUUUGAUACCAUUUUGUAUUAUUGAUAUGAUUCUUGCAAAGUGUUUUUUAAACAACUGAAUAAUUUAUUACUGUCUAUGUUACCUCAGCGUGUCCCAGACCUGGACAAAAAGCUAAACUCCCCACCUUUUUUUUCUUAUUUCUUUUACUUUUCUUUGGGUCAUAGGCCUUUUUGCCUUUGAGCCCCCUUAUGAAGAGACGUUUAAUGUGUCGUGGACCAAGAUGAAGAAAACAGAGUUUGAUCCUGAGCCGAAAAAAAUAUCAUAAGGACAUCUUCUCUGCUCGUCUGGACGGCCUCACUAAGGAGAACGUUAUCACACAAAGGUCAAAACAAGGAAAGUUUGUCGUCCGAUAUGUAACUUUUAAAUGUUUCUUUGUUCAAUGUGAAAUUUCUUCAAUGAAUAGAUGAACACUUUGGAAAAUAUGCUUUUUCUCUUUGUUGCAGAGUUACAUUGGUAUAUUUAAAUGCUAAGAUAGAGCCAGCAGUCUUUAUCUUAUAUUUUAGUGUUAAGACUGGAAACAGCUGUUUUCAGUCUUUAAGCUAAGCUAACAGGCAUGCAGGCUAGCUUCAUAUUUAGUGUAAACCAGAACAGUAUCAAUCCUCUCAUCUAACCUUUAGCAAGAAAGUGAACAAGCAUAUUUCCAUAAAUGUCCCACACAAUUCCUCAAAGCAGACUGAGCUUACGUUCCAGGCAGGUGUCCUCUCGUUGACUCUUUAACUUUUUGGUUUUAGGUCCAAAACACAGUCUGAAAUAUAAAAAAAAAAGACCUUUCUUGAAUGAAUCAUUGUGGCUGGUACAAAGAAACCUGCUGAUUUAUUGCACCUGUCUUCACGUUUCUGGCAGACCAAAUACAAAUGCCUGAGAGUGAAUCUAUAAAUGUAUCAAUUAUUUGACCCUGGAUUAUAUGUGAGCUAAAUUGAGCACUUUUGUGUCAUGUAUUGAGAGGUAGAAUCCUUUUUUUUUUUUUUUUUUUUU